AUGACUCCCGGGCCCACCAAUGUUAGCGCUAGGGUUAGGGCGGCUACUGGUCUACCGGUUGUUAAUCAUAUGGAUCCGCAGUUUUUUAAGGUGCUCCGGGACGUGUCGGCUGGCAUUCGCUACGUAUUUCAAACUCGCAACCAAUACUCGUUGGCCAUUACCGGGUCGGGUACCUGUGCUAUGGAAACAGGCAUUUGUAAUCUCCUUGAAAGGGGCGAUACGUUUUUAGUGUUAGUGCACGGCCUAUGGGGGGAACGGGUGGCACUCAUGGGCCGUAAACGUGGCUAUAAAGUGAUUGAACUGAAAAUCAAUCGUUUGGGAGAUGUGUUUGAUUUGAAGCAAAUCGAGGAGGCCGUAAUACAACACAAACCACAGCUCCUGUAUGUAUGUCACGGGGACUCGAGUGUAGGGACUCUGCAACCAUUGGACAAUAUCGGAAAUAUAUGUCACCGGAAUGGGUGUCUACUUCUGGUGGAUGCGGUGGUGUCCCUCUGCAGUGCACCCAUUAAUACGGAUCGACUGGAGAUUGACUGCAUAUACUGCGGGGCACAGAAGGCACUGUCGGGUCCGCCCGGGGUCUCACUCAUCAGUCUAAGCAGUGGUGCCGUCAGACGUAUAAAAAACCGCAAAACCGAUGUCGACUCCUAUUAUAUGGACAUCAAUUGGUUGGCCAAAGCGUGGGGUCUGGACGACGAUAAUAACCAUCAGUUCAUCUAUCACUACACGCCCGCCAUUCCCCUCAUGUAUGGGCUGAGGGAAGCGCUGGCUAUAGUGGCGGAGGACGGCCUAUACAACACCAUCGAAAGGCACGGCAAGUGCAGUCUGUUUGUGCAAAAACACAUCACAUCUCUGGGGCUAAAGUUUUUGGUGGAGAAGCCGGAGUACAGACUGCCAACCAUUUUGGCGGUUGUCGUUCCCAAUGAUAUUGAUGGCAACGAAGUCGUUAAACAUUUGUCGGAUUUUUAUAACAUCACAAUCGCUGGGGGUUUGGGACCGACAGCCGGAAAGAUAUGGAGAAUCGGUUUUCUCGGUGUCAACGCUAAUGAUAAAAGUGUUGUCGUUAAACAUUUGUCGGAUUUUUAUAACAUCACAAUCGCUGGGGGUUUGGGACCGACAGCCGGAAAGAUAUGGAGAAUCGGUUUUCUCGGUGUCAACGCUAAUGAUAAAAGUGUUGGAGUUGAUGGCAGAUGUGGAGGAAACCAUCAAUUGGCCUUUCUGUUCAAUUACGGUGACCCCAGAUUCAGCUACCCGUCCAUCACUAAGAUUAAUAAAGCAUGCGAUAUAAACUUAAAUGAUUUGAAGGACGACUUGGUUAAAGCGGUAGAAAAAGAGUACCCUGGUAAGAAACAGGUAUCCAAAGCGGCACAGGUAUUGUUCUCAUCGCCACUCAUACCUGAGUCUGAGUGUAUCAAAGCCAAGGCCCCAAUGGUUCGCACCGGCGAUAAACAGGCACAGAUUUUGAAUCAAAAGCGCUUUGAAGCCAAAGAUUAUCGACGAUUUCUAGAGACGGCAUUCAUAGAGGCCUCCCGUCCCGGCACUCGCAUCACAUUAUCACAAAUUAUUUGUUUUUGA